CCGUGCGCGACGGUCGCAGCAGCAGCCCUGGUCCAUCGCGCGUGCAGAGAAGAAAUCACGAUGAGGCUUGGACUUCUCGUCCUCCUCAGCCUCGCGCUUUGCGCCGCACAUACGUCUGACAAUGAGACCGACGCCUACUUUCCAGCUCCGUAUUUUGACGAUGGAGAAAACUUGAGCAGCCAGAACUGUGGAAACGGAACAAAUUGGCGGAAAUGGACCUUCACUUUGGCACAAGAUGAUCCCUCAGCAAGGUGGUUUUUUUGCGGUGGAGCAAUAAUAGCUCUUUCUCAAAGAUCUUUAUUGGGAAAUUGCAAAGUGUAUGAUCGAUACAUAAAUGGUCUAUAUGCAAGUUCGGCAAAAUGUUAUGGGCGUACAGAAGGGGAAUGCAGCAGAAAUAAAUUCAAAGUACUGGAUGUAAUUGAAAUUCCCAUAAAUCCGAGAGUUUCUGCAGCAUUCUACAUUUAUGUAACUGAGAAAAUACCGAGUGAGUUCGUAGCUCCCAUUUGUUUGUUUAACCGUGACAACGUUAAAAUGGACACGCAGCUUCAAACAGAAUCACACCACUUUCAAUGGAGUUCAGGGAACGGUGCUCCAUCCAAAGAAAUUCACAGCAACUGUAGCAGGGUUCUAAACAGGACUGAAUUGGAACAUUUGAAAACUGAGAAAAUUCCCAUCCAGAAUGUCCUGUGUGUCGAGUAUGCCAGAUAUUUCUUUCAAUAUCUUACCGAUUUCUACAAAGGCCGCUAUUUCUUGAGAGGUAUUAGAUAUUAUGGUUUGGAACGACCUGUACAUUUGGAUAUAUUGGCAUACAUGGACGAGAUCGCAAAGUACGCAAAAGAUGUAUAUGUUCUACGCCCGAUCCCGCAGACAAAACAACCGAAAGGAUUCACCGCCAAAGACAACCUCAGUUUCCCGAACUGUGGAAAAAAACCGACGUCAACAAGAAGGAAACGAGGAAAUGACGAGGAGACUUUACAUAUUUUAGGUGGAAAAAAAGCUCAGACAGUUGACCAUCCUUGGCAUGCUUUCAUUGAGAAUGAGGUGACUGGAAAAACCUGUGGCGGGACACUGAUUUCGCCGACAGUAGUUUUGACCGCUGCAUAUUGUCUUUAUGGAUCAGAGGCAAAGGACUUCAGAGUUGCUGUUGGGAUGAAUGAAGCAAGACAAAGUACAGCUCCUGGUGUUCAGACAAGAAAGCCCAGCAGUCUGAUCGUGCAUCCGAAAUAUAAUGACACGGAAACCAACAGCGACGUCGGACUCAUCAUUUUGAAUGAAAAAAUUAAUCUAACCGACAACGUCCGACCGAUUUGCUUGUGGAACGAGGAUUCUAACUUGACUCGCGUGGCUGGAAUUGAAGCUACGGCGGUUGGGUUCGGGCUUGUCGACGACCACACGCGCACAGAUGAACUGCAAGAGGCUCGACUGCCGAUUAGAGAUCACAAAGAGUGCUACUUGUCGAAAAGGAAUUUUUUUGGAAAAUAUUUGCGGCCAGGGGACAAUUUUUGCGCCGGGUACACGAACGGAACGACCACCUGCAACGGGGACAGCGGAGGCAGCCUUUCCGUGGAAAAAGACGGCCGUUGGUUCAUCAGGGGUAUUGUCAGCUUUGGAAUAUCGAAAAUAGUGGAGUUUGAGGGCAAAAAUACUACGUUGUGUCACUCGAAUGAAUAUACUUUGUUCGCUGACGUCGCAAGUUACAUGGACUGGAUCGUAGAAAACACGCCGGAAAUUUCAUUCCGAAAUUAAAUGUGGGCUUUUGAACCAAAAGAAAUCUUGGCAAACGGGAUCAAAUAGUUAUUCAUUAGAAAAAUGUAGAUAGACAGCAUAAUAUUCUCUUAUCACAAUAUAUUUUUUGUAUGGCUUUUCUAAAAAAAAUUGCUUGGCUUUUAAU